AUGUCGAGACCACCAUCCAAACAUUUACAAACCCAGAAAAGGACGAGAUCGGGCGUUUCUCUCACCAUGACGGAGCCGGAUGGAUCUGAAGCAGCCUACAGCCCCACGACCCCGAGUUCCCCGACGAGUUCUCAUGGCGAACAUCGAAGAAGUUUUUCUCUCAACUCGAUCAAAGGACGGCCAUGGCGCUCCAUGAGCAACUGCAACAGAGACCGAGAUUCUACACCAGACUCGGCGUUUAGGGGUCAUGUUAGGAAAUUAUCCAAAUCACGACCAUAUUCGGCAUCUCCAGGCGAUGGAUUCAGUCGACGUAGCUCAGGCAUUUCCGAGGAUCACAUCCAAAGUCUUCACAGCCGGUUGUCGUUCACCACAACAGAUCCCCCGAGUCUUACCCCAAGUUCGUCAUCAUGUUCCUUCGACUGGAAAACUCAAAGAGUAGAGGGGGGGUGUGCGCUGGAACCGGAUACAAGUCUGUUGAAGACCAAGACUCCAUACCUGGUGGUCACAACGGACUAUCUUCUCAAGAUGAAAAGCCGUGCCGACGCAGUGGCAUUAUUUCCAUCAUUGGCCAUUGAAGGCGAGAAAGCGCACCAUGGCUCCCCCCCGGAGCCUGCUCUCGCCAUCCCUAUAUCGACUGUUGUGGCAACCUUCUACUCGGAAAGCAUCAAGCCGUCGUUCGGAAUCGAAGUAUGGUGGAAGGGUUUUGGCGGCCAGUCGUUUUACCGGUCCGAGUUCUUUUUCAGCUUACCGCGGGAGCAACAGAAGAUGCUUGAGAGCAUCACGCGAGUAAUAGGGACAAAAGAGCAGGACGAGUCUGGGUCUUCGAACAAGUGUGAUGAUAUCAAGCCACUCAUGCAAAAGAUCCAGAUGAUGGAGGAGCCAGUAUUCGCAAACAAGGAGUUGGAGAUCUUCCCGGUGAUCCCACGAGGGCAUACGAGAAAGGAGUACAUGCCAAAGAUGGAGGAUGCGUCCAAGAAGUCUCAGGAGGGCUCGGCGUACUAUCUGGUCAUUGGCACAUAUCUAUGCUACCUCGCCGAAGUUCAGAGAGGGAAGGCUGGCUCAAGCUGCAAGCACAGGACGUUCGGCCUGGUCACACUGAACUCGGUGGUUGGGGAUUGGUCCUUCCACGAGGAGAGGUUUAAUAUCUCGUUCCGUGAUCCCUUCAAGACGUCAGUGACACUCGAACUUGCCAGCCGCUACUAUCGACAGAUCAUUCGCAUCCUUGGUACCGCUGACCGCUUUAUCAAGCCCAACUGGCCCCAACUUUGGCAGAACCUGGAAAUCUUCUCGGUUUCUGGGCUUCGGAACCCUCAGUACUUGGUCUCUCGGGAAGACUACGGCGCCAUCAAGCGCACACUUGACGCUCACAUUGCCGGGUAUCGUUGUGCGCCUGUCGAGUGGGAGAUCAACUGGAAGACUCGGCAUGCACCCGAGUUUCGACUGCUCCCGCCAAAGCAUGCGGGACUGUACACAGGCCUUCAACUUUUGGCUGUUCUCAGGGCGCUCAGAUAUAAUGACUAUUUCAACUCGCUGUCUUUCAAGGAUGUGGACUUGUCGAUGCUGCACGGCGUGGAUGACAAUCUGGGCGGGGGCAUCAACGUUGCCUACCUGAGCCGGACUUGCAUCAAACUCACCAAUGAUGAAGUGCAGCUGCUGAAGACCUGCCCGGUGUUGCACCAGGAGUUCCAUGCUCUGGCUUAUUGCUCUGAGACGAUUCGGCAAAUCGAUUUCACCAACUGCAGCUAUGAUCUGAACAGGGGAAAGACAGCCGACAGCCACUACCCGACCCUCCAGUUCCUUACGCCUAUCCUCCAUCUCCUCAAGACCGGCAUCUCGAAGUGCAACCGUUUGAUCUUGGCCCACAAUCACCUUUCUGAACAUGACAUCAGCAACCUCGCCGAGACCAUGGAAACGGGUGCUAUCAGAGCCCUGGACAUCUCGGCUUGUGGGUUGGACGAUAUGGGUGUGAGGAGGAUCGUCAUUGACCCUCUGAUGGAGCGCCCUCUUCCUCUCGAGUCAUUGACGGUUGCGGGCAACUAUGGUCGAUUGCCCGCGUAUAUUUUGCCUGACCUCCUGCAGCAACUUCCUGAAAUUAGAGAGCUCAACCUCUGUGGCAGCAUUUUGGGAGACAGUUCGGAUGUGGGCCCGCUAUUGCCCUUUGAGCUGCUCGAAAGCCUCCAGUGGCUUGAGUCGAUCGAUAUCACGGGGUGGUUGAUCAACGAUGAGACCUUGAUGGACCUACAGCGCUUCCUGAUGGCGAGAAGCUGGAAACUGGAUCACAGGCAGUUUUCAGCCUUCCGCCGGCUUGUCCUCAAGCAAUGCGGUAUCACGGGAUUCAAAGCUGCGGCAUUGUUUGAAGCCGUUGGGAAGGAUCAUGGCCUGCAUAUCGGCCUGAGCAACAAUCCGAUCGAGAACGGCAUUGGAGAGUUGGCUGCUGUCAUUCGGGAGAACAAGGGACCUGCUGGUCUGGAUAUGGAAAUGGUUGAGUUCCAGGACGAGGAUAACUACCUCGCUCUGAUCCACGCCUUGACCGAGACCAAGUACCUCACCGUCCUGAACAUGGCCGGUACAGCACCUGCUCCUUCUCCCACUGGCGUUUGCAGUUCCGAGAUGGUCAGCGCGCUGCAUGACUUGUUUGCGCGCAACACUUCCAUCCGGUGUCUUGAUCUCUCGGGCUUUUCCGGCAGGCUUGACGAUGGCCAACUGACCAAGGGAUUCGGCCGCAGCUUGAGCGGUCUUGAGCAUAACAAGGCGAUGACCCACCUGCGGAUUCGGAACCAGAACCUCCACGACGACGCAGGCACGCUGGGCCAGUCCUUGAAGAGGAACAAUACACUGAUGGUCCUCGACUGCCAAGACAACAACCUCAAUCUGAACAGUUUUGGGUUUUUGGUCGACAGCAUGAAGAUUAACAGGACGAUCAUCGACUUCCCCUUCACCCCCAAGGAGCGCGCCGACAUUUGGAAGAAUGUCCUCAAGGGCCUUCGUCCAGGGCCACGCCCACCUCAGGCCAAAACUGGUCUCCACUUGGGCAAAGAUAAAAAGCACAAGGAUAAGAAGGACGACAAGGACAAGCAGCCUGCGCUUCAGCCCGACGUACAGGAAACUGCUUUGUGGACCAUCUUGGAGAAGCAGUUCAGGCAGCUGGACGAACACAUCGAGCGCAACCGCGAGCUUCUCGAGGCAUCAUCCGGCCAGGUCUUUGAAUUCGAGUCCCCAGCCUCCACCCCUAUCGACGCCGGACAGGCGGGCGGUGGUUUCAAUGCUGGUCCUGCUGGUGCAAGCGAGUGGCCUACCCUUCUUGAUCUCGAGUUCGACAUGGGCACCAUCGACCUGAACGACAGCACCACCCCUCCACCUACGGUUGCCGGCCCUGUAGGCGAGGCAGUUGUUCAUGACGGGGCAAUCCUUUUGCAGUCCAGCCCUGACCCGAAAUCCACACCCGCGGCCGAGGCCCCCAAGAAGGAGAAACCCAGGCCACCCCCUCUCAUCCGUCGGAAGACUGUCCGUUCCUCUGCCCUGGACAAGGAGUCCCGGGAUGAGCCCCCACCGACACCUUCCUACUCCUUGAUCGGCCACGUAGGAGUAGGCAGCACAAUGUUGAACGCUGCACCCGACUAUCCCCCUCCCCCCCCUCCUCCACCCCCCGCCAUGCUCGCGGCCUUUGCCGGGGUCGAGUUAUCAACUGAUACCCUCGACCCAGUCUCGGAGGUUGAGACGCCAGGGCCGGAUGAGUUGCUGCCUACAAUGGCUGAGCUUCAUAUUAAGAACUAUAACAACAUUAGCGUGGCCAACAACAUCAAUAUCACCACCGCUACCACCAAAACCAACACCACUAUCACCACGACAACCAUCACGCACAGCAGCAGCACUAGCACGAACAAUAGCACUAGGGGUCAUAGGUCCACUCCGUCAAAUCAGAGUAUGGACGAGGAGGAGAAGUUGAGGGAGAUGUUGAGUCAGUAUAGGGGAGGAUUUAUGGUGGGGGGGUUUACUGACUGAUUUUUUUUUUUUU